AUGUCAGUGACUCAGUAUGUGGCCAAGUUUGAAGAGCUGGCUCGAUACGCAGCCCGAUAUGUGGCAGAUGAGGAAGAGAAAGCACGAAAAUUCGAGUGGGGUUUAGACCCUAUUAUUAGAGGUAAAGUGUUACCCUUGCGCUUCCCUACAUUUGCUGAUGUGGUGGACACGGCAUUGGAUGCAGAAAGAGAGUGGGCAGACUCAAAAAGGAUUUGGAUGAUGAAAACGAAGAAAGGGGGUCAGUCCUUUGUAAGGCUAAGAAGAAAUGACCGAAGGAAUGUGGUACGGACACCAUACACUAGACCGUCGCAACAGCCGCAACAGCAAAGCCAUAAAGGAAGUUUACAAACCAAGCCUAUUACACAAAUCCAAUGUUUUCACUGUUAUCAGAUAGGGCACAAGAAGUCGGAAUGUCCCCAACUUUCUGGGAUGGGAAAUCAAGCAGGGGGUUCAAGUGCGAAUGCUCAAGUUAUUGGCGGGCAAAGGCCAUGGUUGAACAAGUCAGGAGGAAACCAAAAGGUUAGACCAACCGGUAAUCAAAAAGCCACAGGUAGAGUUUUUGCUCUCCAAGAGGAAGAUAAUGAAGAUCCACCAGUAAUUAGAGGUAACAUUGUACUCUAUCAUUCUUGGGUUUACAUUCUAUUCGAUUCUGGCGCAUCACAUUCUUUUAUAUCAACAUCAUGUGUUAAAUCAUUAGGUCUUAAAUGUGAACCUUUAGAAACUACUUUACGUGUUGCAUCACCCUUGGGAGGAAGUAUUAGGGUAGGAUUAAUCUGUCGAGGGUGUGAAUUAGAAGUGUCAGGGUUACACUUGAGUUGUGACCUUCGGGUCAUGAACAUGUCCAAUUUUGACAUAAUCUUGGGAAUGGAUUGGUUAUCCGCCCACCAAGCAGUGAUUGAUUGCUACCACAAGAGGGUGACGGUUUGCACACCUAGUGGAACGUGUUUCCAAUUUAAGGGGGAUAGAGAGGAUUCCCUAAGCACGACACAUCGUAAAAUGCAGUGGCGUCGACAAUUUGCUGGAUGGUUAGCAAGUUUGAUCAUUAAUGAAAAAGCUCAAUCGGACUUAAAUCUUCCACGUGUAGUUUGUGAAUACGCUGAUGUUUUUCCUGAUGAAUUGCCAGGAUUACCGCCACAUCGUGAAGUAGAUUUUAGUAUCGAGUUACAAGCGGGUACUGCACCAAUAUCCCUGACACCCCACCGUAUGGCUCCUGCCGAACUUCGGGAGUUGAAGACGCAACUGCAAGAAUUACUGGAAAAGAAAUUUAUCCGACCAAGUACCUCACCGUGGGGCGCACCAGUUCUAUUUGCAAAGAAAAAGGACGGAACACUAAGAUUGUGCAUAGAUUAUCGGCAACUCAAUCGGGUGACGAUCAAGAACCGAUAUCCACUUCCACGGAUUGAUGACCUUUUUGAUCAACUUCGAGGUUCGAAGUGUUAUUCAAAGAUUGAUCUUAGAUCUGGCUAUCAUCAAUUGCGGGUCGCUAAUGAUGACAUACCAAAAACUACUUUUCGAACCCGAUAUGGCCAUUACGAAUUUGUGGUAAUGCCCUUUGGAUUAACCAAUGCACCAGCCGUGUUUAUGAGCUUGAUGAAUAAGAUUUUUACUCAGUACUUGGACCAGUUCGUGGUGGUGUUUAUCGACGAUAUUCUAGUCUAUUCACCGUCGGAAGAAGAACAUGAGCAACACUUGAGAGUAGUUCUCCAGGUUUUAAGAGACAACCAGCUGUACGCAAAAGCAAGUAAAUGCGAGUUCUGGCUGAAGGAAGUCACAUUUUUGGGACACGUCGUGUCGGAGCAUGGAAUCGCUGUAGACCCGGCCAAGGUAGAAGCAGUAUUAGAUUGGAAGUAG